CUCCCCCGCCCACUUCUUGGGCUUCCAGCACGCACCAGAAAGGGGUUCCGAGGCGGUCCUGGCUAGUGGGGUGGAGCCUUCAGUCUCCAACCCGGACCGCGAGACUCCACCCGCCUCAGGGCACAGCUGCUCCGAGCCCACCUGUCCAGGUCCCCAUCCCGGCCUUGGCAAUGACCCUGGCAGCUUCCUCCCAGCGCUCCCAAAUCAUCCGCUCCAAGUUCCGAUCUGUCCUCCAGCUUCGGAUCCACAGACGGAAUCAGGACCCGACCUCAGAUUCAGAUCCGUGGAUCUCAGCCUCAGGCCCGGCUCUGGCCCCAGCUUUGCCCUCGGUUCCCGCCUCUUUCCUUUUCAGCCCUGGGGUCCUGCUCCCUGAGACAGAGUAUUGUACUUGGAGGUCCCCAAAGAAGGAGUCUCCCAAGAUCUCUCAACGCUGGAGUGAGUCCAAGCCCAGAGGAAACUUAACGUACCACCAGUACAUGCCCCCGGAACCAAGACAAGGGUCCAGGGCAGACCCCCAAGUUGAAAGGUCAGCCCUGGGCCCCCAGGGGCCGCCUCUGUGGGAAGGGACAAACUCACAGCAGCUACAUCCUAGGAUGAAGCCCACUCCUCUCACUCCCUUCCAACCAGGAGUCCCCAGCCCUUCUCCUCCUCCACACAAGUUGGAACUUCAGACACUUAAACUGGAGGAGCUGACGGUCUCAGAGCUCCGGCAGCAGCUGCGCCUGCGGGGCCUCCCAGUGUCCGGCACCAAGUCGAUGCUCCUGGAGCGCAUGCGCGGCGGCGCCCCGCCCCGCGAGCGGCAGAAGCCGCGGCGCGAGGAUGGCGCGGCGGGUGCUCCCUGGCCGCGCCUCAGGUCCAAGACCCUGGGAACCUCCCGGCGGCAGGGCACGGUCAAGUCGAAUCCCGCGACUCUCAAGCCGUCCCUUCCUCGAGCGGCGGAGAGCUUUGUGACCGCUCCGGCCCCGCCUCCACCUCCACCUCCGACCACAGCCCUGACGCCUUCCUUAGCGCCCCUGACGCUGGAAGAGGAGCUGCAAGAAGCCAUCCGGAGGGCGCAGUUGCUUCCGAAUCGGGGCAUUGAUGACAUCCUGGAGGACCAGAUGGAGCCUGAGGACCCGCUGCCCCCCAUUCCCCUGGACUUCCCGGGCUCCUUCGACGUGCUGUCUCCCUCCCCGGACUCUGAAGGCCUCUCAUCUGUCUUCUCCUCUUCACUUCCAACCCCGACGAACUCCCCAUCCACCUCUCCCAGAGGCCCCACGGAUUCCUUGGACUGGUUAGAGGCCCUGAGUGGGGGUCCCCCACUGGGCUCUGGCCCUCCAGCCCCCAGCAUCUUCUCUGCUGACUUAUCUGACUCCAGUGGCACCCGGCUGUGGGACCUGCUGGAGGAUCCAUGGUGAUGGGUUCUGGAGUUUUCCUGGGACCCAGAACUGGUGGGGGUGGAGGUCGCAAAGAGACUCCAGGAAGGGAAAUGGCACAACUAGUGGAGCCCCUCCCACCACAGACACAGGAUCAGAGACAACCCCCAUCCCAAUCUGGCUCCUAACUGCUGCUGACUUGCCAAAUGCCUGAACUUUGCCUUCUUAUGAUCCCUACCCCCUCUAUGGUUGUAUGGUUGGGGACGUAGGUUCAUUUGCUGCUGCCCAGGGCAAACAAGCUGCUUUCUGCUUC